UGCGGCCGCGGAGCGCGGUGGGCGCCGAAGAUGCGCUGGCAGCCGACGCUGCGCGGCGCCCCGCCGCGGCCGCCCUGCGCGGAGGAGGAGGAGGAAGAGGAGGAGGAGGAGGGGGAAGAGGGGGAAGAAGGCGGUGGCGGCGGCGCGGGGCGGCCGCGGCCGCGGCCAUGAGCUGCUCGGACGUGGCCAUGCAGCAGCCCGCCCCCCCUGCGGCGUGCGGGACGCCCCGCUAUCUGUCCGGAGUCCCGGCGGGCUGCCCGCAGAAGAAAUUAGCUUUAUACAACAAGAUGCAGGAGUCUCUGGAAGUGACCCUUCCCAGCAAGCAAGAGGAGGAUGAGAAAGACCAGCCUGCCGAGAUGGAGUACCUUAACUCUCGCUGCGUCCUUUUCACUUACUUCCAGGGAGACAUUGGUUCAGUAGUGGAUGAACACUUCUCAAGAGCUUUGAGCCAAGCCAGUAGCUUCAACCCAGAAACUGCCCUCACCAAGAGCAAGGCAGGGAUAAGUCCGUUGUGGAGAGAAAACUCAACAAUUUCAAGCCAAAGGAGCAGUUUCCCAACUUCAUUUUGGACCAGUUCUUAUCAGCCUCCCCCACCACCAUGCUUAAGUGGAGUACAUCCUGAUUUCCCCGUUACUGCACCAGGCACCUUCCCAACACCAGAUCCCAGCAGCUGGCCAGGACACGGCCUUCAUCAGACUGCCCCACCUCCUCCCCCUGCUGCAUCUGAAUCCUGGCAUUAUCCUUUAGCAUCUCAGGUGAGCCCUUCGUAUGCACACAUGCAUGAUGUGUACAUGCAUCGCCAUCACCCUCAUCCACACAUGCACCAUCACCAUCCCAGCUCGCACCGCGACCCCCGGUAUGGGUCCCUGCUGAUGCCUUCAGUACGUGCAGCCAGGAUUCCUGCUCCCCAGCGUGACGUGACUAAGACAGAUCCUGCUGCUGUCACCAGCGCUACCUCAGCAUGGGCUGGAGCCUUUCAUGGAACAGUGGACAUUGUGCCAAGUUUUGGGUUUGACGCAGGUCUACAGCAUCAGGACAAGAGCAAGGAAACUUCCUGGUUCUGAAGUUUAGAUAUAACUUAAAACCAUCUAGAGCUGGAGUCAGCGCAACUGGGCGGGCAAUAUAACCAUCGUUGACUCCUUCUGCACGGGGCAAAGGACACACAUGAAGAUGAAGAGCCAACCUUUCUGGUUUUGCUAUUGAGCCUUUUAUUUUUAAGGCCACUUAUGGGUCCCACAGAGUUGGAAAACAAACAAACAGAUAAACUCGCUUUUCUUUGUUUCCUCAUCUGAGCCUGCUGCAGCUGGGCAACCUAACUCCUUUCUGCUACUUUAACAGUGUUUUGUUUUGUUGAGCUUGGUAUUUUUAUGAACAGUUUCAAUUGUCAGGGAAAAAGAUUCUCCCUUGACUACAGUGCGCCUCCUUUCAGGAAUACAUUAUUUUGUAGCUCUUUGUGCAUCUAUUUUUGUAGAAAUACAGAAAGUUUGGGUAAGGAUUGAUGGGCUAUUUUAGGAUGACAUAUUUUUUUAAAAAAAAAUUGUAAAAUUGUUAAGUUCUGUUUAAAGAACUUGCUCUCAGAGAAGCACUGGCAAAAAAAAUGUAUAAAAUGCUAUUUUUAGAUAUCUGUGAUGUGUUUGUGCAUUUUGGGUUUGUUUUUUGUUUUGUUUUGUUACCUCAAAUAUCUAUCUUUCCCUUCUUUUUAAAGAGCUAAACCUCCCUUCUUUCCACAUUACUAGAUCUUGAUGUUUUUGUCCUCUAGUUCUAGCUUAAGCAAGUAUAAUUCACACCUAAAGUUUCAGCCAAAUAUUUUUCCUGUUGGUGUUAGAUUCUAGUAAGGGUGUGUUUUUUCUUGUUUCUAAAGACAGCUUUCUGCUGUACUGAUUGUCAGAAAUUUGCAAACACCUUUAGCAUGGAGCAAAGCCUGGGGUUACAGAAACUGCAUUUCCAACCCAUCCAUUCUUUCAAAAUGGACCAAAUACUUCUAUGGAUUUUUUAUCAGACCUGAGUUUGGACCUCAUCCAUGAUCCACAGAAGCUGAUGAAUGCAGUCACCUAUGAGUUGUUUCAGAUGCUCAUAGUGAUUGUAACUGCUAGCAUACUCAUAUUUUAAGUCACGAGGCAGGACUUUCCACUAAGCUAUUUCAAGGGUUUUAACCUGUAACAUGAACGUUUAGGAUAGAAAUGUAAAUUUUAUAAAAAUGUGUGACUUGCGGAAACAAAAUGUUUUCAAAUGGCCUGAUCUGUCUCCUGAGCACCUCAUGGGAAGUGCUCACACUUUCAACGCCUGUCGAUGUCAAAAUCUGGUUGCCUAACCGAAGAUUUGUUGGGGGCCUUAUGGGACCCCAGCUACAGCUCUUGAAUGUCAUAAGAAGUUGUAUGUGCUCAGCAUGCACAUAAGCUGGGCUUUGCUGCUGUCAGUGUAAGAAUGAACUGGGAAAUUAUAUGGCCAUAUCUAGCCACAGCACACUGCAAGGUGUUUGGGAAACCCCAUUUCUGUCCUGGGCCUUGAGUCUGACCUGAUUAAUAAUGACUUUAGUUGAAGCCAAGGGGGAGCAGGAUCCAAUCCUGAAUAAGGACUGCAAGAUUGCCCUCAACAGCCCACAUCCUGCAACGGGCUGCUGGUGGAUCAGCCUCCAGGCCCAGCAACAUGGUGGUAACUCCAGCAACAUGACAGCACGUGCUUAGGUGGGACUGAGUACAGGAUCAGGGCCUGGGUUGCCAAAUCCUGGCUAUUGCUUGGAAAUGUUGCCUUUCUACUCUGUUUACCUUCAGUGAAUGAAUAUUUUUGGGAUCCCCCUGUAAUAUUUCCCAAGGCUCUCAUAACAUAUUAUAUUUCUGUUAUCAUUGUUUUCAGACGUAACUGUCUAAAAGGCAAACCAGCUACAUGGAGAUCAAGACCAUAGACAUCAAGACAGAUUUAAAAAAAAAAUACUUUUAAGGCAGUGAACAUUGUGAAUGUAGGCUUGUCAGGUGGACACCACAUGGGGGUGUGUGUGAAAGGCGAGGGGGAGUGUUGGGAUGUGUCUGCCAGUCUGAAAUUCAGGCCUUCCUCCCUGCACUGCUUCUUCUCUCCAAGCUUUUGAACUUGAUCCUAUGAGGUGUUGAGUUCUCCCUUGACAUGAGAGGGCUCGAUAUGCUGGCACUGUGGGCAGUAGGAUUAUAUCACAGUUUGGUAAGACCCUUAAUCAUGUAUCUUGCUGAUACGACGUUUGAGACAGUGUAAAACUGUUGAAGGGACUAUUCUUAAAUAUUACCUAAAAAUAAUAGGGUUGUUAGUGUGUUAGGAUGCUGAAUUAAAUAUUAUUCUCCCCCAGCCCCACCUCUUGUCCUUAUAGUCUAUCAGCAUUUCUUCCUUAAGGAGUUUCACUCUCAUGACAGUUCUAUAUAUUGUUGCUAUUGUUGUGGAACUAGCUUCUCGGUUUGUCAAUGAAUUAGUAAUGGAAUGGGAAAAGCGCAUGGGAAGGAAGGUAACAAAAGCCUUCAUGGCUUCUUUAUUUAUCAGGACAGUAUAAUUCAGGAAAUAUCUCAGGAAUAUGAGUUUCUGAAAUAGAUUAAAAAUUGGGAAUUAUUACAGUAUUAGAAAUACUGGAAAAUAAAAAAAAAAACAUUUAUUAUUAUUAUUAUUAUUUUUCCCUGAACUUGGCAAAGCUGGAAGGCAAAGAGGCAAUGUGUCACAAGAGAAACAAUGAGAAAAGUUGUAAUUUAACUCUUUGAACAUCAGGGUUGGAGAUUUUGGGGCAGGGGGAGCAAAACAAAAGGCAGUGUUUCUUUUUAAUAUGUAGUAUGUUUGACUUCCUGAAAUAGUUAAUGUCUAGCAAGAGCAGUCUGUUCAUUGUCUUUGUUUUUGCAAGCUCAGAUGAUGAAGGAUCUCCUCCUGUUCCCUGUAGUUGUCAAAGCAGAAUGAGACAGGAACAAUCAAGCCUGAAGUUUGCACUGGAAUUCCUUUCUGGACUGUUUUAUUGAGUUGAUGGCUAAAGGGAGUGGAUAUGUGAUGAUUCUGUUGCUUCUUUCUUCAAGGACUACUGUCAUGCACUGUUUUGCUCAGCGGCUUCCACUGCUGAACUUGUGACUGUGCUUAAAGUACUUGUAUAAAUAUGCAAGGUUUUGGGAGACAAGUGCCAAUAAAAAACUGCUAAUUUCUACAGCUGUUCACGCACCAAUCAAUUGACUUUGAAAGACAAAUUUCCUCAGUAACUAACUGCCCCCUGUACUAACAAAUGAGAUGAAAGGAAAAGCACAAGUACAUAGCAGUAGCCCUUCUUAUAUAACCUGUGAUUUGAAUGACAGGAAAGAAAAAAAGUCUUAUGACAAAUUUUUAAGUUAAAUUCAGCAGAUUUGCUUCUCUGUCAUGCGCAUACAUAUACAUGCACACUUAUACACGCACAAAUGUUCUUAUGAGAAGCAGAUGCUAUGUUGGUAUUGCUCUUGAAGGAAGAGGGGAGUGCUCGCUCAUGAUGUUGCGGUUACAGCUUAUUGAUGGCAGUGAAAAAUAAAAAGAAAAAAAAAAGAAUGAUAAGGCUGCUCACGCUACCAAAGGGCCCUUAAAAUCAGGUCACAGGCAAGUUAUGUCUUAAUGUGUUACUAACGGACUUGUUUCAUUCUUUUUGUGUGUGGUGAAUUCCCAUGAUGUACUAAGAAAGUGAAUGAUUCAUUUUUUGAGGUCUUAUAAAAACAUGAUGUACUCUGACACUAUUUCUGGGACAACAUAGGGAAACUUGUUUUAUUGUGAGAAAAUCUAAAUACUAAACUCUUAAAAUUGUCCAGGAUUUUAUUUCAUUCUUUUUAAUGUUGAGAAAUCUGCUGUCAAUUUUUUUUCUUGUUUGCUUGAAGACUGGGGCUGUUCUACCUGACCACCAGUUUUUGAAAAGCAGAUAUCCAUUUUGUUUCAGCUGCGUUUUCACAUCCUAACAAGAGGAUGCAAUACUACAGCUAUUGAACACCCAGCAGAUCUGAUUUCUGGUGACCUAAAUAAGCUACACUUGACAGCAGUAAAAUGCACUUUGUUCUAAUUCCUCUCCUCACCAGUCACACAAAUUCAGUUACUGGCUUUUCUGAUGCCUCUUUCACAGUGUGAAAGUCUUCAGUGAAUGUUAGGGUUUUCUCAACCUUCUGAUUCUCCUGCCUUGAAACAUGCUUUUGGGGAUGAAUCGCUUUGCAGCUUUCAGAGAGAGAGACUGAUUGCACACCUCUUGAGAACAGAGAUUGUGGGACGGAAGGGAGUGUUGUAUCUCCCCACCUGUACUUAUGAUCAAUUGUCUUGCACAUACCCAACCUUUCUGCUUCCAGCCUAUUGUGUAUGUCUAGCUCUUCACUCCCAUUUCCUUAUAUAUGUGUGUAUAUUUACACACACAGUUAUACCUAGUUCCCUCUAUUCCACCCUUAUGCUUCAAAUGCAUGUCAUUUGGAAUUGAAGUGAAUGACAUCGCUACAUUUCUGACUGAAACAAACAACAAAAAAAGAUAUUUUAUUGCAUUCUCCAUAACCUCAGGAGUGAAUGGAAUUUUUCCAUUCUUUAAAAAAAAAAAAAAAAAAAGUGAAAAAAACCAACCCCAUACCUCUAAGCCCAACCUUUCAAAAGCCCUGAUUUGUUUUAUGUGUAAAGAUGACCAUGGAGUCAGCAGAGUUAUGUAGAGAGGUGCAAUAUGUUGCCUUUCAGCAGACAAACAUAUGUUGAAUACAAUUCUUUUAAAUAAUUUCAGGUACAAUGUUUUUCUCCAUAUCGAUGGACCAGCAACAUAUGUUUCUUUUAAACAGUUUAGAAAUAUAUAUAUGUUAAAUUGAUUUCUUGGCUUUAAUAUGUUUGCCUUUGUGCUUUUAACAGUUAUUUGAAUGAUAAAUAUUAAUUGUGUCUGUAGAUUUUUUUAAAAAGUUGAUGCAUGUUGUUUGGAACUGAAAUCUCAUGUAAAGCAGGAUGGUAUUUAAAAAUAAAUACUGCUUUUACAUAUUAGCCCUAUGGGCACAAUCAGACAGUUGUGAUGCAAGAAUAGUUCCCUUUAAAGCCUAAGGGACUUGUGCUGGGGCGAGGUCAAAAUCCCAGUCCCUGAAACAGGAAAGGCAGGAGGGGUCUUCAUGCAAAGGUUGAGCUGGUUGGUAAUGCUGUUAGCAAAGAUGAUGAUCUUCUCCAGCAUUGUAUGCUGAUGGUUGGGCAGCCACUACACAACGCAUUAAAAUUAGAUUGUACUAGCAGGUUUACACUUGUCCCCUCUUACAUGGUGAACUGCAUGCCAAGGGGAAUUAAAGAUAUCCCUGGAAACCUGUAUUUUAGCUGCUCUUGGUCUGCAGAGUGCAUGUAACCCUCUGGCUGUUCCCGCUCUGUGGUCUCCAUGAUGGGACCAUCUCCAUCCUCCAGCGCCUGGAGUUCCCUGUGAACUUGCAUGGUGUUUUUAGCAUCUAGUAGAGAUCAUUUAGAGACAGUGAUAAUUAAAACAUCACAGUUCUUAUGCACCCACUCAAAGGCACAAGCCUUCAAGAUGGAUCAGCUGUGCAUCAUUGAUGAUGGUCGUUACAGGAGCCCUAUCCUUGCUUCCUUCCCUCAGUGUCUGUGUAAGUCUUUGAUGGCAUUGAGAUCAUUGGGACCAGACGUGAAUGCCUGAACUGCAGUCCGGCGUUGGCUGACAAAAAGUGGAGGCCCAGGGUCUGGUCCAACAUCAGCGGACAUAAAUUGGAAUCCUCCUUGAUUCCAGUGGGCUUGGGCUCAGGUAACUAGUACCUAUAUAAAACCAAUAUUUAUAGCAGUUGAGGUUUACAGUAAUCUAGUAAAGUAUCUGCAGAACUAUGCUGCACUUUCUCUGCUAGCUGUUUGUAGCUAUCUUUUAAAACCAUCUGUCAAAUCAGGGUUCCUCUCCUUCCCCACUUGAUUUCCAACCCUGCUUCCCUCAAAACUCCAUUGAACAUUUCAUCCCUCUCAUCAAAACUGGUGGGGGACUUUGUAUAAAGAAAAAUGUCACUGUUUUAAUUACUGAAUAAAUAAUUUAAUGUGAAUUUUAUUGUUAUAUUUUUAAUGUAGCAUUUUUGGUUUGGUCUGUAUUUCUCAACAAUUAGCUAAUGCUUUAUUUUUAUUCUAAUGCAACUGAAGAACUCAUAAAUCUCUUUGUAAAUUACAGCA